AUGUCGUCUCGAAAGAGCUCUGCUAGUAUUGCCAGAAGCGCCAACAAUGAGACCGCAAGCACUGCAGAUCUUCUGGUGUUCCAAGGCAACCGAGUCCUGCGGCCAGACCGUCAACCAACAUUCCCACCUCCAGUUGAGCGACAAAAAGAUGAGGGCUUCGUCAAGUUCCUAAAGAAACACUCCUCGCCGACUCACAAUCGUAUUACGGCUGGUGGUCGGAUCGUCCCAAUGGAGCCUCGCUCGCCUCCUCCCUUUUCUCUGCCUUCGAACAUUACCAACUGUCCACAGGCUCAAAGUUCAAGCCAGCCUUCGGACCAAAACACUGGCAAAACUGAUGACAACCAAUGGACACUACUGCCUCCACACUCUCAAGAUCAGAAUGACUAUAUACUCCAGAAUGAGCGUGAGCAAGCUCUUCAGUUCAACGUCGAACCUCCCAGCAUGUCGGACCUUGGAGCGCCCCACGAUGUCUACUCCUAUUCUGGUCAUAGUGGCUACGGUUAUCAAGGUACCCAGAUGGCAAUGGGCAAUGUUCCUGCUCCAAUGGUAAUGCCAUCUCCAGUACACACGAUGUACUCUACGCCACAAGCAGGUGGUCCUGUCAUGCAUCAAUCACCGACUCAGCAGAUUCUGAUGGGUUAUCAGCACAAUGGUAUGCCUAAUAUGGGCAUGGGCGUCUCACUAGUCGAUCAGUACAACGCCGAUGGCUGGCCAGUGUUCAAUCUAGCAUAUGCACAACCAAUGCCGCCACAGCAGGUCAUGCCGCCUCAGCAAAUGCUUGCAGCUUACGAGCAGCACUAUGCUAGUCUAGACCAACAACUGAAGGACAUUGACCGUCAUCGAGCUAUGCAUCAUCUUGACGCACGACUUGCCGCGCAACGUAAGGUCAUUGUGCAACAACGCUCAGAUGCCAAAGACACUAUCAAGGAAUUUCAAGUUAUGCUCGGGCUACGAAGACAGUUUAAUACCUCGCAAGAUAGCUGGGACACUGGAUUCAAUGUGGAUGCGCCGGCCUACAUACCAAGAACAAAUAUCACUGCGGGCAGCACAGUAACUCACAAGCCAUCCUUCGACAUCUUCCAGGACUCUUCUGCCAUCGAGAAGCCAAGACUCAAUGGCCAAAAGCGUGUCAUUCCAAUCGUUGCUCCUCCAGAGCGUAGAGAUAUGGCCAAGCCUGGUCAAAAUGUUCCCUCUCGCUACCUUUCUGAGAAGCAAUCGACUAAUGCUGACGGAUGGGCUAUCGAUGACGUACCAGGACCUGCAAACACCGAAUCUGGUCAAGACGAUUCCUAUGGCAUGGGCAGUCAGGGACAGCUGAGCCGUGAGUACAUCCCAUCGAGCACGUCAGACAGCGGACAACGAUCUGGUUCCAGUUCUCAGGAAACCUCAUGGGGUGCAGCACAUGAUCUGAGCGACAAGGAAGAAACAAAACUUGGCCAAGUGGUUCAAGUUAUUCCAGCGUCGAAUGCUCCACCUGUCGACAUCACACAUGAGUAUCGUCUAAUUCACGAAGCAUUGCAGCGAUCGAAAAACGUCAGCACACAAGUGCGUGUACUUGAUGGCACGGUUAUGAACGUGAGAGGUCAAGAGAUCCCACCAUGCGCUUUUCCAGAAGUAGCUCGUGCGCCAUCGAGCCGAACUCAAUGGCCUCACCAGAACUCGGCAUCUGUAAAAUCGAUUCGUGAUACCUCAAAGAAUGAACAGGAAGUCCUUGGAGGCCUGCAAACCCUUGCAAUACAAGAUGAUUUUGUGGGUAAGGAGAACAUGUCGAUCGCUCCGAGAGUCCACCAGAAGGCUGCCACCGAUGCUUUCUUGUCGCAGUUCAAUGCUGUGGAAGAGAACAUGGCUAUGGUCGUUGAACCAGAGACACAAUCUUUGCGAACUGCCUCGAACGAACAGAACAUGAACAACCUCGCCAAUAUGCAAGGAUACCAUCAGCCUAGCUCUGGGAAGGUUGCCAGUCGAGAGAACAUGUCUACACCAAAUGCACACCCUGUGUUCAGGGCCGACUGGAACCGAACAGCAGACGUCGUUGCCGAGGACGGAUUCGCUGUCUCUCCAGACACAUUGAACAACAAAGGCUACUCUAUGGUCAGCGUCCAGAACGUGCAUGCGGUUGGCAGUCUGCCCAACAAUUUUGAUGGCGCGAUCGAAGCUCGACAAAGUGUUCGAGCUCAGCUGGCAUCUGCCACUAAGGCUCGAAGUCCUCGGAGCCCACGACUUAUUCGUCGACUUGGAGGUAAUGGCGGUGCUUGGUAUGGACCAUACUGUCGGGGCGUAGCUGAGAAAGCCUUCAACCAAAACAAUAAUCAACAACCAGCCAAGCCAUUCUUCUAA